UAUUCAUUGCAAAUAUCAUAUUAUUAGUUGUUUUACAAAAAUGUGGAAAGGUGCUGAACUGUUCUAAUUUUUCUAAUGGUUCUAGUGAAAUGGAAGAUUGUCCAAUAUGUAAAAUCACACUAACAAAUGAUCUUUCAAAAGUAAUAUGUUGUAAAAAGAUAUUUCAUUUCAAAUGUAUAGAUGAUUGGCUUAGAUUAGGUCAUAAUUGCCCUACAUGCCGCCAAAUACCAUUUGAAAAAUGUAUAAAAUGUAAAAAUUAUUUAAUUUCUAAUGUUACUGAAGUUCAGUGUUGCAAAACUCAGUUACAUCAGAAAUGUUUAAAUGAAUGGUUAACUGAUUCGAUUAUGUGUCGUAUAUGUCAAGGAGAUUUAAUAUCCGAUUAUGAAAGUAAGUUGCCAAUUUUUUAUUUAUUUUGUCUAUGCAUUUGUGGUAAAGAUUAAUUAAAUUUUAUUAUAAACCUGUAAGAUCCAGUUAAAGAUAAUGGUAUUUAAUAUUAAUUUGCUUUGUCUUCAGUUGUCCCUUCGUUUUAGCCUUCUAGUUCCUAACCAAAUCGGCACAUUCUAAAAGAGAAAAUCAAUUCUAAUUGGGUCAUCAAUUUACCAAUUUGUUAGUCUAAUUACUAGACUCUAGUACAAGUAGAAUAGAGGGUUUCUCUAAAAACGUAUUUUUCCACUCUUUGCUCCGAGUAAUAGUUAGUCCAAAAUAUUGUAGCAUGACAAAAAGUAUCAGUUUAUUUUUUGUCUAUUGUAUGUUUUUACAUAUUUGUGUUCUCAAUAAUCAUGGUUGAGCCGAAUGCGUACAGCGACAUCGUUUAUCAGUUAAAUAAUCUUGAUAAGGUGUUUUGAUUUGUUUGUGCGCGUGCGAGAUAGUUAGCUGUGUACUAGAGAUGAGUCGUUCGCGAACGAACGGAUCGCAUUGAACGGGUCAAAAUAGUGAACGAAAUGAUUCAGAUCGCCGAACCGUAGUGAUCCGGAUCCCCCAAAAACUAAUUUUUUCCCGUAUAAAUCACACUUAAAAAUAAUUUUUAACUUUUUAGUUUGAUGUACUUUAAAAGAGUGUUUUUUUAUUUUUUUUUAAUUAUAUUUAUUGAUGUUAUGUGCGCUGCAACAUCGUAGUUUUUAUAUAUAUUUAUCGUGAGUGUCCGCUACAGCACUUUAUAAUGUAAUUUUUUCGUUUAUUGGCGUCGGCUAAACCUGCCUCCUGUUUCUUUAGCCCUUCGGGACUGGUAACGUAUAAUUUUUGUUUACCAUUUUCUGAGCCAUAGUAUUUUUUUUAGUGCGCUGUGCCAUAAGCACGUGUGGCGAAUUUGUUUUAUUAUUUUUUUUUUUACUAAAUUGUUUUUGUAGGUGUCCCUAUUUUAUUAUUAUUUAGGUCCAUCAACAUGGCAGACGUGUUAUUAUACCACCUGUCAAGUUAUAUAUACUUUUUUUUGUGAUUUUUUUAUUUAUAUAGAUUUUAUAUGAUAUUGGGUGAUGCGUAUAUAGAAUUAGUACAAUGUGAUGAUGUAGUGCAUUUUAUUUCGAGAUGUCCCAACGUCUUGCAAUCUAAGUCUAACUAAUUAAAACCAAUCGCUUACUUGGGAUGUAUACCCGCCGUGCUUAGCGAUAAUGCCGCGAUUAAUAACCGGUGAGUACUCGAAGACAUACAACAUAGCACAAUAAGUAUAUUUGAUAUAAUAGUAACUAUUUUUUUUUAUUAAUAUCUGUUUUUUUUGUUCCUCUUUAAUUUGUAGACGAGGUUUUUUGACCGUUUGGCUUUUUGCCUCGUAUUAUCUGAAUUUUUUUUUUUAACUUAAUAAAGUCGUAUUCCGUAGCGAUAUGUGCGUGUUCUAUUGUUCUCUGUUAUUUUAUUUUUCUCUAACCUUAAUAAUUGUGCUAUUAUCUCAAAAUGAAUACCAUUCGAUCCGUUUUGUUACACUAAU